AUGGGGCCGCGGCAGGGGUUUGUCCCCUCCUCGGCUUCCGUAGAGGAAGUCGCGCCGACCUGUAUCUGGGGUUUCGGUGUCCCCGCCUUCCCGGGGGUCCGGGGUGACAUUGCACCGCGCCCCUCACGGGGUCGCGUCGCCACCCCACGCGGACUCCCUGGCUGGCGUGCUUCAUCCCUUCGCCUCUCUUGGCCGGGCCCCCACCUCGCCCCCAGCUGCCCAGCCAUGGGGGCCGCAGUGUUUUUCGGAUGCACUUUCGUCGCUUUCGGCCCGGCCUUUGCGCUUUUCUUGAUCACUGUGGCAGGAGACCCGCUUCGCGUCAUCAUCUUGGUCGCGGGGGCAUUUUUCUGGCUGGUCUCCCUGCUCUUGGCCUCUGUGGUCUGGUUCAUCUUGGUCCAUGUGACCGACCGGUCAGAUGCCCGACUCCAGUACGGCCUUCUGAUUUUUGGUGCUGCAGUCUCUGUCCUUCUACAGGAGGUGUUCCGCUUUGCCUACUACAAGCUGCUUAAGAAGGCAGAUGAGGGGUUAGCAUCGCUGAGUGAGGACGGAAGAUCACCCAUCUCCAUCCGCCAGAUGGCCUAUGUUUCUGGUCUUUCCUUCGGUAUCAUCAGUGGUGUCUUCUCUGUUAUCAAUAUUUUGGCCGAUGCACUUGGGCCAGGUGUGGUUGGGAUCCAUGGAGACUCACCCUAUUACUUCUUGACUUCAGCCUUUCUGACAGCAGCCAUUAUCCUGCUCCAUACCUUUUGGGGAGUUGUGUUCUUUGAUGCCUGUGAGAGGAGACGGUACUGGGCUUUGGGCCUGGUGGUUGGGAGUCACCUACUGACAUCGGGACUGACAUUCCUGAACCCCUGGUACGAGGCCAGCCUGCUGCCCAUCUAUGCAGUCACUGUUUCCAUGGGGCUCUGGGCCUUCAUCACAGCUGGAGGGUCCUUCCGAAGUAUCCAGCGCAGUCUCUCGUGCCGACGGCAGGAGGACAGUCAGGUGAUGGUGUAUUCUGCCCUGCGCAUCCCACCCGAGGACUGAGGGAACCUUGGGGGGGACCCCUGGGCCUGGGGUGCCCUCCUGAUCUCCUCGCCCUGUAUUUCUCCAUCUCCUGUUCUGGACAGUGCAGGUUGCCAAGAAAAGGGACCUAGUUUAGCCAUUGCUGUGGAGAUGAAGUCAAUUGGAGGUUCAAGGGUAGACGAGCUCUGAGUUUCCCAGUACCCCCUCCCCAGACUGGAUAUCUUAAGUCUUUUUCUCAGGUCUGAGGGGAACCAUUUCUGGUGUGAUAAAGACCCCCAAAUUGCCUUUUUCUUUUGAAGCGGGAGGAGGGAGGAAGUAUGUGUUAAUUCUUCUCCUAACCUCCUUGGACUAUAUUUUCCCUCCUCAAAUUGCUCCUUAUGGCUGGGCUUAUAUCUAUCCAGCUUUCCCCUUGGUCCCAGGCUUUGGGGGAAAGGAAGGAAGUGCAUGUUUGGGAACUGGUAUUACUGGAACUAAUGUUUCAACCUCCUUGACCACCAGCAUCCCUCCUCUCCCCAAGGUGAACUGGAGGGUGCUGCGGGGAGCUGGCCCACUCCAGAGCUGCAGUGCCACUGGGGGAGUCAGCCUACCGUGACAUCGCAGGGAAGGAGGGCAGAUUUUUUUCUAGUUUUUAAUUGGGGGAUGUGGGGG